AAGAACGCGCCGCCACCUCCUUCCCGUCAUCACAGAGCUUCUGGACUCUGGAGACUGGACUUCCGAACCGCCAUAGACGAAACAUCGAAAAUCAGAAAUGGAAAACAGAGCGAAGAUCAAAAUAGCAUUCGCCAUCGCCUGCUUCGCUGCUAUCUCCAUUCUCGUCGCCGCGCAAAAACGAAAGCGUCGAAAGCAAAAACAGUCCCCUACCUCUUGCUACCUAAAAACGGAAUUAAAACCUCAGCACGCUUUCAAGUGCGUUCUAGCAGAUAAUUCCUACUCUCCGUUCAAGCACUUCAAGCUCAGAGACUUCAAAGAUGAGAUUUGUUCAAAUUCACAUCCAUAUGAGGCCGAGAUUCUAUCUUUGCUGGAGAAUCCUCGACUCAACUUCAGCUUCGUCGAUGGCAGAAUAUAUCUGGAAAAGAGUGAGUCUUACGUUUGGGUUGACACGAAGACUCGGUUGCAGGAGCUUGCUGACUCGUUGAGUAGAGAAAAGAUCUUUGCUGUUGACACAGAACAGCAUAGCUUACGAUCAUUUCUGGGGUUUACGGCUCUAAUGCAGGUUUCUACUCAGAACGAGGACUAUUUGGUGGACACGAUAGCUCUGCAUGACUCAAUGGGUGUUCUUCGCCCAGUUUUUUCUGAUCCAAAUAUUUGUAAGGUGUUUCAUGGUGCUGAUAAUGACAUCCUCUGGCUGCAGAGAGACUUCUACAUUUAUGUUGUUAAUUUAUUUGAUACUGCAAAGGCCUGUGAGGUGUUGUCAAAACCACAGAAAUCACUAGCAUACUUACUUGAAACGUAUAGUGGUGUAAUCACAAACAAAUUGCUACAGCGUGAAGACUGGAGACAGCGUCCACUUUCAGCAGAAAUGGUGCAAUAUGCUUGUACGGAUGCACACUAUCUGUUGUAUAUUGCUGAUUGUUUAACUGCUGAACUCAAGCAGCGGGACAAUGAAAAUACAGCUUCUCCCGAUGAAAAAUUCCAUUUUGUUCUCGAGGCUAGUCGGCGUUCAAACAUGAUUUGCUUGCAACUUUAUGCAAAGGAGAUUGAAGCCUAUCCCGGAGAGUCAUCUGUGUCAUCAAUAUUUUCCCGUCAUUUGAGUGGACAAGGAGGUGCUUCAUCAAAAUAUUGUGAAACCCAGUUUCAGGAUAACAUCCGACGAUUGUGUGCAUGGAGAGAUUUGAUGGCUCGCCUGCAUGAUGAGAGCUUGAGAUACGUGUUAUCAGAUCAGGCUAUUGUUGCUCUUGCAGAUAUAGUUCCAAUGACUCAAACAGAAAUUUGUGAUACUAUAACUCAAGCUGAUCAGAAUGUGGACUCUUUGACUUUCAUCCUUUCCUUUCCUUCUCCAUCCCCUGUUAUUUACAGUCAUAUGGAGGACUUGUGCAAUUUGUUACAAGAUGAGACAGGCUGUCUUGAUGGUUUUUUUCUUAUGAUUCUCCAAAAGCACAUGGGUCCAAAUGGAAGUUGUCCGCUGUCUAUCUAUAAUUAUGCUCUGUUGUCUAAAUCAAACAUAAAAAUGACAAAUAUAUUAGUGUCCAAGAAAAAUGUGGCUAAAAAUUAUAAACGGAACAGUCGGAAGGCUUCUCGGGAACUGUUUGUUAAGAAAUUUUCCUGCAAAUCUCCAGUGUAUCAUAACUGUAGAAUCUAUGCAAGUGAUGGACGAUUGCUUUGCUAUUGCGACCGAAGAAAACUUGAAUGGUACCUUCGUCGAGAUUUAGCAAAACUUGUUGAUGACAGUCCACCUGCUAUAGUGCUUCUUUUUGAACCCAAAGGUCGUCCAGAGGAUGAGGACAAUGAUUUCUAUAUCCAGAGUAAGAAAAACAUAUGUGUUGGUUGCGGUGAAACAAAUCACUACUUGCGUUAUCGAAUAAUUCCAUCAUGCUACAGAAUCCACUUCCCAGAGCAUAUGAAGAGCCAUCGUUCUCAUGAUAUUGUCCUACUUUGUGUGGACUGUCAUGAAGUUGCUCAUUCUGCUGCUGAGAAGUAUAAGAAGCAGAUUGCUGCAGAGUUUGGAAUACCACUCUUCGUUCGUAAAGUUGUAGAUUCUAAGCAAGCCCCAGUUAUAUCUGAGUCAUCUGCACCUAUGCUGAGUCAGGAGGAGGAGGGUGUCUCUCCUCUGCAAUUGCGAACAGCCGCUAUGGCACUCUUACGCCACGGACGAAGAAUGCCACCAGAGCGUCAUGAAGAACUUACUCAGAUUGUUGGGAAAUAUUAUGGAGGGAGGGAAAUAGCAGAGGACGAUUUAAAAAAUGCUUUGCUAGUGGGCAUGAGUCCUCAUGAGAGAAGGCGAAUGAAGAAGAAGAGGGGGUUGUCUUUUAAAUAUACCACAGGUAGUACCCUCCCACACGAAGGCCAGGAGAGUAACACCAGCAUGGUCUUGUAUACUGUACCAGAUUCCGUAAAACUUGAUACUGCAGAUGAAUUGCAAAAUAAUACAGGAGAAGCAUUUAUCAAAAAUGAAAACAGGAGUCCCUCCAUGGUGGUGGAUACUGAUGUGAGCAAUCCCUCCAUGUGUUCUUCUUCUGAAGUUUAUGCACAAGUUUUAAGCUGUAGCAAUAAGGAUACCAACUCUGAUCAAAAUGAAGUUUUUCAGACACAAGAAGUUUGCUCUUUAAUUGAUGAUGAUAAUUAUGAAAGUAGAAGUCUAUCAAAUGGAACAGUGGAAUCAUAUUGUUCUGGAUCUAGAACCGAUGGAAUUGUCUCUUCUAAACAUAAUUCAAAGUUAUCUUUGUUAGGACAUGGACCACAUGGGAAGCAAGUAGUGGAUCAUCUGCUAAAAGAAUAUGGAGAGAAUGGUAUUACCCAAUUUUGUCAAAGGUGGAGACAAGUUUUUGUUGAAGCAAUUCAUCCUCAAUUUUUACCUGCUGGCUGGGAUGUGAAGCAUAGUGGUAGAAGAGAGUUCGGUGAAUUCAGCGUGUACAAUCCUGCCAACAAAGCUGUUGCUGAUGCUGGUGCUAAGGGUUAAGAGCCAAAACUCCGUCGUCUAAAAAGGCAGCAUUUUGUGGGCUACGCACAGCAAAGGCGGUGUUCACCUUCCUUUCUUUUGUCACCUGAGCUGGUCUAAUGUUUUGAGUGGUUGUGGUGGCUGGGUGGGAGAGGAAGCAGAGCGAGGAGCAGACGAUGGAUUUGAAGCUCGAGGGAGUAACCAAAUUUGUUCAGUAGAGCGUCUUGUUUUGCGUCUGCAGGAUGAAUUGUAUUUUUUCUUUUUGAGUACCCCUCCCCCUUUUCCCCCCAAAACAAGCUAAUUGUGUGCGUCAAAAUACAAUCAGUGUAAACGUGCUGUUUACCCCAAAAAAAUAUUGGAUCUUCCUCUAAGGACCGAUGUGGUUCUCCCAUUCCUCCUUCAAUAAAAUCACAUCUAGUGUGGUAUCUGACUAUUGUGAAC